AUGUUCCUUCUAUACCUUGUCAUGUCGAGCACGAAAUCAAAUGCAAAUUCUUUUGCUUUUCCGAUUAAUUCUUUUGAUUGCUUUCAGCCUUUCUCAGCUUUAUAUCAACACUUCUGUUCUGCCCUGCCCAUUGUCAAAGUCUUCGCUUUUGUUUCACGAUUUUACCUACUUUAGUUAACUGUCUUUUUAACCCUUUUUUUGGGGUCUGUGUCUGUCCACAGCCAGAACCCAUAUGUCAAUCAGUUUAUUUAUCACAGCCCUUGUCAAGUAAAAAAGAAAAUCCUUUUUUUUAAUUAUUGAUAGAAGCAUCUUUGUAGUCUUCCCCAAAGUUUUAAACUGCAGUUAAGAUUUUGGUGUUGUGGGAAAUUGAGAACAAUACCAGUCAAUAUAGCCAAAAUUGACGUUGCAGAUACUAAAAACCCUUGACAUUUUUCUAAUGUACAACACUUGGGUGGUAAACCGUUUUCUAAUAACCUUGGUCUUUUUGAAACUGAGUUGAAAGUUGAAACAAGUAAUUCAUGCUUCUAUAUGAAUGUGAUAGACUACUGAAAAUUGGUUUCUAUGUUUUCCAUUCAAUCAGGAAAAAGGGCUGUGGAGACUGAGUGCUACCCUUUGUUUUCACUCUGGGUGGUGUUCCAUUUUUAUGAGGAAUUUAAGCCUAUUAGUUUUAUUCCCUUGGCAGUUAGCACCAGAGAGUGGCAACCCUUGUUCCUGUUCCAUCCAUGUCAACCUCGAUAGGUUCAUCCCUUACAGAAGGACAAACGACUGCAGAAGAUCAAGUUCCAAAGAUUGAACUGCUAACAUGGACCGAUGAUGAGUAUGAUGGUGUUAUUGUGGAAAUGGACAAACCUAUGGAUUCUGCAACCUUUUUGUCUAUCCUCAGGGCUUCAAUUUCACACUGGAAACAGCUGGGCAAGAAGGGUGUUUGGAUAAAAUUGCCUAUUUAUCUGGUCAGUCUAGUUGAAGCUCUAGUUCAGGAAGGAUUUUGGUAUCACCAUGCAGAACGAAAAUAUUUAAUGCUUGUAUACUGGAUUCCUGCCUCUGCAGAUACUAUUCCAGCAAAUGCCACACACCGCGUGGGUGUCGGAUCAUUUGUCGUAAAUGAAAAACAAGAGGUCUUAGUGGUUCAAGAAAAGACUGGACAUUUUCAAGGAAGUGGAGUCUGGAAAUUCCCUACUGGCGUUGUUGAUCAGGGAGAAGAUAUUUGUGCAGCAGCAGUGAGAGAGGUCAAGGAAGAAACAGGAGUUGAUGCUGAAUUUGUGGAAGUAUUGGCAUUCAGACAAAGUCACAUGUCAUUCUUUGAGAAGUCAGAUCUUUUCUUUGUGUGCUUGCUGCGCCCUCUUUCUGCUGACAUUCAAGUACAGGAACUGGAGAUAGAGGCUGCAAAGUGGAUGCCAUUUGAUGAGUACGCAGCCCAGCCAAUCAUGGAAAAGUAUGAGCUUAUGAAGUACAUCAAUAAUAUAUACUUAGCAAAGAUAGAUGGGCAAUAUUCUGGAUUUACUCCUGUAUCUACUGCGCCAAACUUGUCUAAGAAAAAUAUCUAUCUUUAUUUGAAUGCUGGUGGCCUGAAGAAGAGCAAUUCUUUGUAAGCAUCGACAAAGAUUUACACAAUUACAAUGGAUUCAAUCUCAAAAACUCAUUAUUAUUUGAUUUAUUGUGUGAACAACAAUGCAGAUCUACAUUAGGCAAUUAUGUUUACAUUAGUUGAAUAAGAUUGUAAUAGUAAAAGAAUGAAAUUUAUUUAAGCCUGACUCAGUAAGUCUCUUAAUUCGAAAAACAAUUGCUGUGAUAAUGAAA